CAGGUUUGUCUGAGAUCCUAUCAGGCCCACUGGCCCAGAGGUAUGAACAGCACCCAGUCCAGCCCUAUCGCCUUCUUCAUCAUCCAGGGCCUGGCCAGUCUGGGGGAGAAGAAGAUGGUCCUGUUUAUCAUCUUCCUGCUGGCCUACACCGUCAUCCUAGGUGGAAACAUCAUGAUCAUCUACCUGGUCCGGACCGACCCGAAGCUGGGCUCCCCCAUGUACUUCUUCCUCCACAACCUGUCCAUCGUGGACAUGAUUUACACAACGGUCACCAUCCCCAACAUGUUGUCAGGCUUCCUGACUGAGGUCAAGACUGUGUCCGUCCCCGGCUGCUUCCUCCAGAUGUACUGUUUCAUCCACAUGUCUGUUACCGGCCGCGCCCUGCUGACCGCUAUGGCCUACGACCGCUAUGUGGCCAUCUGUAAUCCUCUCCGCUAUGCUGCUUUGAUGACCCGCCCCGUCUGCCUGCUACUCAUCAUUGGGGCUUGGACCUUCGGUGCCAUCUGCACCUUCCCAACCACUAGCAUGGCAAUGCAGCGUUCAUACUGUGGACCCAACGUGGUGCGCCACUGCUGGUGUGACCCGUCCUCAGUGAGGCUGCUGGUGUGUGGGGACACUCAGGUGGACAACAUCGUGUCACUGUCUUCUGCUCUCGUAGCACUGCUCACCACGGGUGUGCUCAUCCUCACUUCCUACAUCCUCAUCGGUGUGAAGAUAGCUAAAAUGGGCGCCGCAGAGCGACUGAAGGCGUUUAGCACCUGUGCCGCCCACCUGACGGUUGUGUCCAUUUCUUACAGCUCUGCCUCAUUUGUCUAUAUCUCCUACCGUGUGGGAAACUUCUCUCCAGAGGUGCGUAUCAUCGUGUCAGUGCUGUACUCGGCUCUGACUCCUUUCCUGAACCCGAUGAUCUACAGCCUGAGGAACAAGGAGCUGAGAGCGGCCAUCAAGAGGGCCUUCUGCCGACACAGACGUCUCACCGCAGAGCCGCAAAACACUCAACACACUGUCCUGACAGCAAAACACUCAACACACUGUCCUGACAGCAAAACACUCAACACACUGUCCUGACAGAAAAACACUCAACACACUGUCCUGACAGCAAAACAUUCAACACACUGUCCUGACAGCAAAACACUCAACACACUGUCCUGACAGCAAAACACUCAACACACUGUCCUGACAGCAAAACACUCAACACACUGUCCUGACAGCAAAACACUCAACACACUGUCCUGACAGCAAAACAUUCAACACACUGUCCUGACAGCAAAACAUUCAACACACUGUCCUGACAGCAAAACACUCAACACACUGUCCUGACAGCAAAACACUCAACACACUGUCCUGACAGCAAAACACUCAACACACUGUCCUGACAGCAAAACACUCAACACACUGUCCUGACAGCAAAACAUUCAACACACUGUCCUGACAGCAAAACACUCAACACACUGUCCUGACAGCAAAACACUCAACACACUGUCCUGACAGCAAAACACUCAACACACUGUCCUGACAGCAAAACACUCAACACACUGUCCUGACAGCAAAACAUUCAACACACUGUCCUGACAGCAAAACACUCAACACACUGUCCUGACAGCAAAACACUCAACACACUGUCCUGACAGCAAAACAUUCAAUUCAAGCUCCUUUAAAAUAGUUUUAUUAUGGGCUAAAAAGUGUGAUCAUUUUCAGAGAUUCCAAAAUAAUGCAAAGUCACUGUUUCCAAUUAUUGUUUGUUGUUUGGAAAGCAGAACAGCUAAAUGUUUCAUUAUCAUGCACUUAUAAACGAAACCAAACAAUAUUUGUGUUUACCAUUUAGUUCAUUGUGUAGGUUGCACAACUGUAUACAUCUGAUUUAAUAGUUUUAAGUUUAUUGAUAAAAACGAAAUAACAACUGUAAAGUCCUGUUCAAUCGCAUUGUACAAAAUACCAGAUACAGUACUAAAUGGUAUGUGAUUAUACUUGUCUUUAAUCAAUACCAAAGAAACAACAGUAAUUGUUAGGUGAUUAUUGUGUAAUUACAAUCUCGCAAUAUUAUUCCUAAAUAUCAGAGAAAUAGCAGACUGUCAAAUGAAGUGUACCAACAGAUGUUGGUUUUGUGCCUCUGCCUUCUCUGCAAGCGUCACAAAUUAAAAUAAAACUUUGCACAAUAAAAUGAUGGUUUGCAUUUGGAAAUUAAAUCUAGAAAUGAUUCAUGGAACACCACCCAAAACUUUGCACCACCUAAAAUAAAUGUCAGUUUGAAAACAUAGUAGUAGUGUUAUUCCUAG